CUUUCCUUCUCAAUUACUCUCUUCUUCUUCUUCCUCCCUCUCCCUUGUACAAUACGCUUUUGUAAAGUCUUCUUAAUCCUCCAAUAUGGCUUCAAAUUACAGUUCUGCCACUGUACCUUCAAUCCUACUGCUCCUCUUAUGUUCCACUUCUCUCUUCGUAGCUUCCAUGGCUGCUCUGGUAAAGGAACAGCCCCUUGUUCUCAAAUACCAUAACGGUGCUCUUUUAAAAGGAACCAUCACCGUUAAUCUCAUCUGGUACGGUAAGUUCACACCCAUCCAACGGUCCAUAAUCGUUGAUUUUCUUCAAUCUCUCAACUCCCCAAAAGCCCCGCUUCCUUCGGCUGCAUCUUGGUGGAAAACAACUGAAAAAUACAAAACUGGUGCCUCUACCCUCAUCGUAGGGAAACAAAUCCUAGAGGAAAAUUGUUCUCUAGGAAAAUCUCUGAAAAAUUCGCAUAUUGUGUAUUUGGCUUCGAAAGGUGGUCAUAUGGGAAGGUCUGUUAACUUGGUGUUAACGGCGAAGGAUGUUUUUGUAGAGGGUUUUUGUAUGAGCAGAUGUGGGUCCCAUGGUUCGACACGUGGCAAAAUCCGUUUUGCUUAUGCUUGGGUUGGUAACUCGGAGACUCAGUGUGCAGGUCAGUGUGCGUGGCCGUUUCAUCAGCCCAUUUACGGCCCACAGUCUCCGCCGUUAGUUGCGCCUAACGGCGACGUUGGUGUUGACGGAAUGAUUAUCAACGUGGCUACGGUGUUGGCGGGAACAGUAACGAACCCGUUUAAUAAUGGGUAUUUUCAGGGCCCAGCGACGGCGCCUUUGGAGGCCGUUUCGGCGUGUACUGGGAUGUUUGGGUCGGGUUCAUAUCCAGGUUAUCCGGGUCAAGUACUUGUUGAUAAGAGUACGGGCGCUAGCUAUAAUGCGCAUGGGGUGAAUGGGCGUAGGUUCUUGCUUCCUGCCAUGUGGGACCCUGCAAAAUCUGCAUGCUCAACACUCGUUUGAUCAGAGAGGAAGAUAAGGAAGAGGAAAUGGUUGGGAUCGAGUGUGUGCGGGUCUACGUAUGUAUAUACAAGCACCGCAUUUUGGAGGA